GGGCGGCCGGCCAGAGUGCUCACCCUUUCUUCUUCCCUCUCUCCGGCGAUAUCGGCAGCGGGGAAGGCUCGAUCUCUCUGUCGCUUUCCGUCUAGUGGAUGGAUGGUCGAGGUUGGCCAACCGCCGGCGACCGAAGAGGCGGAGGCGGAGGAGGUGCAUCGGAGGCGAGCUUGCUUCCCCUUCCAGCGCCGACGGAGCGAAGCAGAGCAGCUGCUGGCGUCCUCUCGGGAUCAAAUCUGAUGUUGUUGAAUGUGAUCAGUGAAAUUCCUAACCAUGAGCUGCUUCUCCAGAAACAUUUCGUGGCCAUACAUACUUUCUUCUGUUUGGGGAUCCAAAUGUAGUCAUGAACCCCGCCGUGUUACAAGUACUUGCUCGAGUGCACUCCACAAGCCUGUUAGAUUGAGUGAGAACUGGCAGCUACAGACCAACUUCUAAUCUCAUAAAGAGAGCCCUCGCAGAUGCUUGGGCCCAAUGUCCAAGAGCGGUAAUACCAAGGAACCAGGAAUCUUGCCGGAACUAUUUGGCCUUAGCAUUGGAUUUCCGGACAGACCAAGAUGCUUAUGAGGCAGACUUUCUAUCUGUAGUGAAUGUGUCCAUUCUAUAACCAGAACGUGCUGUUGUGCUGGUGGACCAAUGACUCUUGUAUGGACUUUCUCAUAGAAAUGCUGAAAACAGAUUCAGGUCGGGGCUGAUACAAGUUAGGAUUUCACUGGGCAGAACUGGCCCGAAGUCCGUAGGAAAGCAUGAAGCAGCUUCAGAAUCAGGAAGACCUCCAAAAUACAAAAUUCAGAGGACUACUGAACCACAGGAAGUGCCAGCUGCUACAGAUGAUUUUCUCCUGGCUCCGGGUCAACUUUUGGCAAGUGCAGCUGAGUUCCACAUUACGCAUGCAGUCCCUCUCUGAAUCUGGCAUUAAUGAUUCUGAGUUCACCUACUUCGACGAUCUUCCUCAAAAGACUGACACUGAGUUCGCCCCUUGCCAAUUUUGACCCAGCCUGCUUCCUUUCCUGGUAUCGAGGAGUUGGUCCUCUUUCAGAUUUUACAGACAUCGGAUGAGAACAAAUGGACAUAUUGGUCUGGAAGCACGCCCUUCUUUCAAGAGCAAGAAGAUUGUCUCUGGCAGGAGCCCAAGGUUAUCUUGAGUUGCUCAGCCAUGCAUAGAUUUGGUUGCAAGCUUCAUUAUGAUUGGCAGGGGGUAUAAUGUUGGCUUGGUGAGGCCACAUUGAUCUGAUAAGUUUGGGGAGAGCAUCUGCACUAAUGGAGGCAUUCAGUACACUCUAUCCAUUGUGUUGACUGGAGAUGAGUCUCCCUCAUUUGUGUCGACUGGAGAUCUUGUAACUUAACCACAGUUGGAAAUUUUGUUUAGCAGAUGCCAACAGAGAACAGAAAAGCGGGUCCCCUCGGCGCAAGCAACUGUUGUUUCUUGAUUUGCUCAUUGGCUGUUUAAUCCAGUCAUCUUGUGACCUGGCACUGGAGAAUUGACAAAUGUGUAGCUCCGCAGUGACCUGUAAUAUCUCAGCCAAUCAGUGUCCCCUCUUGCAGUGGUGGAGCGUGAUGGAAACCCAAGGGAGGGCUAAUUUCAUAUCAAACAAAGAUAUCUUGCUAAUUGAAGAGAGCUAGGCGACGCAACGCUGAUUGAAGGGAGCUAAGUAGAUUCUCGUGCACAUUUGUCUACGAUAUCCUCGCGAUUUGGCCCAUGAAGCAGAUAAAAUAUCAACGUCCGACUGAAAACAUGUGUCAUUGGUACAUGGACUGUGCUGAUGCACAUUAAGCAUACAUAGUAAAAAGAAUUGGCAAUUUGGAAGGGCGGGGUUGCAGCCCAGUUUAGCCUCCAUGACUCUCCGCCAGUGCCCUCCUGGAGGAACAUAAUUCUUCUUAUUUUUGUCGAUCCUGAAGUCUUUAUGGGGAUUCGCUGCCUGAAGUGUGGAUCCUAGUGCAGGUUGGCAUCUGGAUCUCAAGUGUCGAAGAGAUGCAGCUGACCUGUAUCCAGGCUAAAAUAGAUACACAUCCUUUCUCUCGAGCAUGGCAACAUCUCUCUGAAGUAAUCAAGAGUUCAGAGAUGAGGUCUCACCGUCUCAGGUAUGGACAGCUGUAACAAUCCAGCAGGAAAUUUAGCAGCAGCAAUGAAGACUUGCUGCUUUUGUAUGCACGUUGCAGUCUGUAAAAUAAUUUCGGCGGUUACCACUCUUGUCAUUGGGCCCAAAUGGAAGUUACUUCUGGGCUGGUGUACAAAUGGAAGCAACUCGAACCAGUUGAGGUCUGGUCUGGUUGCGGUCGUGAUUGGAUCUGGUCGAGUGGAGUUUACCGCAACAAGACUCCAAAGCUUCCUCCGCUCCACCGCCAUGGCCGUGAUCGUCGACGAUGCCGCCUACCGUACCACCGCCUUCGGUCAGUACCGGUUGCUGCUCGCCAUCUGCCUGGACUAUGACUUCUUUGCGCGAACAGCCCGAGAAAAGGUGAAGAACGCUAAGCUGGAGUUCGAGAAAACUGAAGAUCAGCUCAAGGUGUUCCAGAGCUGUGGGCAGAAAAUAGGAGAGGUGGUGCGCCAGCUUGACGAUGAGCGCUUUAUUGUCAAGCUUGGCAGGGGCCCUCGUCAUGAGAUUGUCGGCUGCCACAGUAAGGUGAACAGGAAAAACUUGACUCCAAACACACGUGUCUGUCUUGACCCGACGACACAUACAAUCAUGCGUACACUUCCACGCGAGGUGGAUCCUAUAGUGUACAACAUGCUUCGUGAGGAUCCAGGGAAUGUCAGCUACUCUGCUGUUGGAGGGCUAUCAGAUCAGAUCAGGGAACUUAGGGAGUGCAUAGAGCUUCCACUCAUGAACCCUGAUUUGUUCCUCCGAGUUGGGAUUAAGCCACCUAAGGGAGUGCUCCUUUAUGGCCCACCUGGGACUGGGAAGACGCUGCUGGCAAGGGCUAUUGCAAGUAACAUUGACGCCACCUUUAUGAAGGUUGUCUCAAGUGCUAUCGUCCGUCCAUACAUUGGUGAAAGUUCUCGGUUGAUAAGGGAAAUGUUUGCCUAUGCACGUGAUAAUCAGCCAUGCAUCAUCUUCAUGGAUGAAAUUGAUGCAAUUGGAGGAAGAAGAUUCAGUGUGGGUUCAAGUGCUGAUCGUGAGAUCCAGAGGACGCUCAUGGAACUGCUAAACCAGUUAGAUGGGUUUGAUGAACUUGGAAAGGUGAAGAUAAUAAUGGCAACUAACCGGCCGGAUGUUCUGGACCCUGCUCUCUUACGGCCUGGACGUCUGGAUCGAAAAAUUGAAAUUCCUCUUCCUAACGAACAUUCAAGGCUCGAAAUCCUCAAAAUCCAUGCAGCUGAGAUGGCCAAGCAUGGUGAAAUUGAUUAUGAAGCUGCUGCAAAGCUAGCAGAGGGAUUUAACGCUGCAGAUAUGCGUAAUGUCUGCACAGAAGCUGGCAUGUCAGCAAUCCGAGCAGAGCGUGACUAUGUCAUGAAUGAAGACUUCAUGAACGUGCGGUAUUUCGCCAGCAUUUCCCCCUUGAAUAUAACGUUGGAAUCCAUCAGAGUAUCUCAUUUUGUCCUAUGGCUGUUUUUCCAGGCUGUUAGGAAACUCAGCGAUGUAAAGAAGCUGGAGUCUAGCGCCCAAUACAAUGCCAACUUUGGUAAAAAUUAGAGAAUGACAAGGCGAAUUAAUCAGCUGAUCCUUUCUGGCGCGAAGAGUAUAUCAAUAUGUGCAUUUGAACAAGAAAACCAUGAUGAAAUGCUAUUGUAGUUCUGUUCUGCAUGACAGAUGCUAUUGGUCUGGUGGAUUCAACUGGUUAAUUACACCAACCCUAGUUUUUUCCUGUACUCUUACUAUCAGAAACUAUCCUGAUCAGUAGAUGAAAUCGACGGUUUUAGACUGAAAUGCUCUGUUCUCCUGUCGUUGGUGACGUGCUCUGCUGAUGUCAAAAUAUAUAAUGUCACAAUGUCC